CAUAUGUAAUUUCCAUUAGAAAAAGCUAUGUUGCUGACCAAAUUUGUGGUUCUUCAGUCUUUUUCGGUGUGAAGCGAACGGCCUUCGACAACAAGACGCUAUAGAUUGUCGACAUCAUGUGAAGGUUGUUUUACUUUUACUCUGGAAUCAGCUAAUUGGUGGAUACGAUUCGGCGAAUGGAAGAAACUAAGCAGUUAAGAAAAAUCACAAUAAAAUAAUCCCUCAUCUUGCAUAAACUAUGAGCAACCCAAGUACAACGCUCAAAAAGGAUGUCCCAAGGAUGGACGACAAGUACACGCCAUCAAGCAGGGAAAAGGGCUCAAACGAUAGAGAGUAUCCGAGUCAUUACCGACGCUGGUCGACGAGCGGACGAGAACCAUAUUCGCCCUGGUCGAGGUCGGGCAACUGGAGAUAUGAACAAAAUCGUGACCGAUAUCCAAACCGGCACUGGCCCUAUCACUCACAGCCCUACCGAUACGGGGACAGGGAUGGUCGAAGCUAUUCGAGCUAUGGCCGCGGUGGAAAUACCCGUCCGCAUUCCUCGAGCACUGUACCACAUGAGUCCGAGUGCCGGCCAGCGGAUGGUUCAAACCAUCCACAACCCGGCGAGCUGCCUCCAGUUAGCAGUUUAAGUAUGCCCACCAAUUUCCAGGAUUCGAAAUCUUCUGUAUCAAUAAGGCCGGUUAGAAGGGUCUCCAAAGAUAUGCAACCUGCUGAUGAUCGAAAGGCAAAGGAAGACUUACGUAUGAACAUGCUGGUUAAAGAAAAGAUUAAGACCACGUUUUCCGGGCUUAACGUGUCACCGUUGAGAAAACCAAUGAUGGAUACACACAAUGCCUUAAUCAGUAAACUCAUCGCGGACGAAGCGAUCAAGAUGCUUUCCAGUGCUGCUUCCUCAAGGGCACCGACUUCCCUGAAUGAGCCAAGCGAGGAGUCGGGAAGCAUACGCUCUCCUACGUCCGGUAGUUCCAACGAUUUACCGCCAGCAGGAUCGACAACAACCACCAAACCGGCCAAUAAGGCGCAAACAUUUGCGGCAGACUCUGCGCUGCUGCAGAAAAGUGCCGAACAGGUGACUAGAAAGCUUAUCAACCAGCUGACAACGAUGAGCAAGUACAACCUGAAGCAGAUGAUUGACAAUCCGGCGGGCAAGUACGAGACGGCACUGAACAAGCACGCCCAGAACAAGCUACGCGCGGAAGUAAGAAAGCAGUUGAAAAACUUUACACUAGCCGAUGCGGUUAGAGCGAAGGAGCGUAAUUUUGGUAGCGAUGCGCUCGCACCGGAUGAAGCUAUCGAUGCGGAAAAGAUACCGGCGGCGUUGCUAGAGCAGAUAGGGCAUGCAUUGGAUUUGGAUUUUUUCGACCUUGCUAGCUCAGAAGCACGGGAUUCUGCGGAAGCGGAUUCAGAAACUGUUAUUAUUGUUGAGGACGAUAAUCAACCGAGUGCAGCAGACAAACCGGCAGCAGAAGCGGUCAAUAAUCAAGAUGUGAACCUGCAAGAUAAAGAAAAUGGCAUCUCAAGCAGUUUUGCUUCCGACAAAACACAAGCUACGGAGGAUGCCCCGCAUGGUUUGAACAAUGUGUUCCCCGUUGCAAUCUUUCCAAGCCAACAUGCGGCUAUCAUACCAGCUGAAGAACCUGGAAAUCAAACGUUAAUCUCAAACCAAAUGCAGCCAUGGAAGAUAGGCUCGUUUUUGCACGUCAAUACAGUGUAUGAACUCAAUAAGCGUCUCGAAACGAAUACUAACAAUGUUGGACAAACAGGACAAACUCCAAGGCAAAUGUCACUUCCCACAAAUGGGACACAAAUUAUUCAAACAAAUAGCACCGCCUUAAGUAACGGUAACGAAAUCGCUAAUGAUUCGCACGUUAAAUCACCCAGUGAUUUUCCGGGAACGGGAGCAAAUACGACAUCAUUAGUUUGUCUAUCAAAACAUGGUACCAAUAUUGUUCUACCAUCCAUGGAAACUCCGAAGCGAAAUGUUAAACCCACGAAAAGUGUUGCAGCUGGCGGAAAAAAAAUACCACAGCUGAAACCACUUGCCAGUAAUGCCAACGCCUCGUUUGUAGCGGAGAAGCAAACCAACAUAAUGAUUCAAAUACAACCUUCUGUUCCAACUCAAAGAACGCCCCCAGUAGCUGGUACCACACAAAAUACGAUGGUAGACCAUUCAAUUGUAUCUUUCGGGGAUAAUGAACAACCUUCACCGACAGGAAAGAAAAAACAAAAGAAAAAGAACAAGAAAAAAUCUACUCAGUCCCCGGUACCGGAAGGCAAUAGCAACGGAAACGCAACCAUAACCAGUCCCAAGCCUAAGACCAAUCCUAAACCUGGUACUGGGACGUCCAAGUCUCUCCCCUGGUCAAACUCGAGAUGGGUUGUGACAGGUGUGACACCUGAGCUGGUGCCAGGGGAGAACAGUAGUCUGCGUAUAAAAUCGCCUGAACCGAUUCCGAUUUCAAGUCGAUCUUCUCCACAUAAAGAGGGAGCAAACUAUCCCAAAGGACAGUGCAAUAGCAAUGGGAAACGAAGUUGGAACGGUUCUCCUCCAGGUAACAAAAACCAGCAUCAACCCUUCAAAGCUAAGUAUGGAGGCUCACCUAAGGGUAAGCAAAAACUGUGGCACGGCGCUAAAAAGCCUCGUGGUCCUGAAGCGGUAACACCAACCGUAGAGAGCUCGAAGGAACCAAAUACAAGCGAAACCAAUAUUCAGUCGAUAAGGCACGAGGAGGCAAGUCAACGAAUUGCUCUCCAUCCUGUUAUCGGCAUGGAGCCUAAUCCAACCAAUCAAGAAAAAAUGGUCUUUCCUACACUCUGCAGCGAACCACAUCCAACUCAACCGAUUAUUGUCAAUGCUACGAAUUCUAAGGAACAGAAUGGAAAUCAAGCGAAUACUUUACAGUGUGAGGGUGUAAAUCCCAGUACAGAGAAUUUUACACAUCCCUCGAACUGCAAGGAAGUAAAUCCCUGUGAAGAGAAUGUUGUACCGACUCAAAACUCUAACGAUAAAAAAACUCGUGAAGAAAACACGGUACGUCCGCAGCUUGAAAAUGCUUCGGACAUCAGAAUUUCGGAGGUACGAUCGUUGGCAGAAAACGAAAAUAAUAAUAUGACCAUUGCAGACGCAUCGGCACAACCUUCGGAGGCUUUUAAGACGAUUCCUUUGGUGGAACCAACCGCACACACCGAAGCUCAAGUUUCUAUGUUGAACGAAGGUGUCCAGCUUUCCACUCCUUGCCCUUCCGAACGAUUUUUAAAUCACCCAGUGCCCAGUUUAAAUCACCUUUUUCCAACUGAGCAACCGGAUUUGCCUACUACGAUGCUCCCCGAACUAAUGUCAUCGUCCCAGCAGCAACUGGUCAUGAUCCUGAAUCGAAUGCAAUCGAUAGAUGCGCAAACAGUGGAACUUUUCAAACGAAAAAUGGAAAUCGAUGGACAAAUUAUGAAGCUCAAUGGCGAGCGUAUGGAAAUCGAUCAGGAAAUUGUGAAACUUCAGAAUGCUCGCGAAGCACAAAUGAACACCCUACGGAUUGCUAUGUUCAUCCCACAAAACGCGCCAGCGGCUGUCUCCAACAGUUCUAACGACAAUCAGCCACAUCCCUUGCUCACCGUUCGGACGGAUUUAAUAAGUACUGAAGUCACGAAGAACGUGAUCAGCAGCUCGGAGCAAGAAUCGAGAGAAGUGGGGCCUGCAGAAUCGCCUACGGAGAACAUGCAACAACAAUCGGCAGUUAAUCAGGAACGUACCAUUCGACGCAUUACGAAGAUCAGCGGAAAUAGUGACUUAAUGCGAAUUUUCCAAAGACGGCGUUUGCUCUCCGACCGUUCUUCGGACGAUAAUGGGGCAAACGAAACCGGUGCCACUCCGCUUGAUUUGCCUACAGUUUAAGGCGCAAAAUAGCACUUUAAUACUAUCGCUGUAAAUGAUGGCCAGAAUGUACAGUUGAAUAAUUUAAGUAUGUUAUUAUAGUGCGUCAAUCUUGCGUCAAUGUAUUCCCGACGUAAGUGACGAAAUGGGAUUAAAAAUAAGCAAAGUGAUAUCAUAUCAUUGAUAUCAUGACGAAUGAUGAGGUUGUUUUGAAAACAAAAUUAUACGUGUGAGAAUUUUCUAAUCAAUCCUUGUCUUGAAAAACGACACAUGGUACUUUUGCAUUUGCAACGGAUCGCUACUAUAGUCAACCAGUCUUGUGGAAUGCCUAUGUCGUGGUGUAUAAUAAAAUGUGAAUUUAAACUAUU